AUGCCAGCUACGAUAUCAUCGAUGAUGUGCGACGUGUCGCAUGGAGGAGAAACAUCUGCAUCAGGAGAUCCGUCUCCUUCUCAAUCAUCGCUUUCGUCAAGAAUUAUGAACGGGUUUAGUCACUCGCUGAGCCAUAUCCACCAUCAUAACUACCCAACUACAACGACGCGUAGAAAAUAUCAAAAUUCGAUAUCUACACAGUCUUCUUCCUCGACAACAACAUCGCUUGAGAGAAUUUCUACCUCAACGUGUACGUCGUCUGUGUCUUCUGCAUCAGAAGUAUGCCUGUCGAGAGCUGAAAAAGAUGUGCAGACUAUGCUGACGUCAGAUGCUUCGACAGAGGAAGAAAGUGAUGAAGAUUGUGAUGAUGAAGAAGAAGAGGAUGAUGAAGAUGACGAUGAUGAAGACGAGGAUGAUGAUGAAGAUGAUGACAGUGAUAGCGAAGAUUAUGACUCGGAAGAGAGUGGAUCGGAAACGGAAUCUGAAGAUAGCCAUGUGGCUGAUGAAGAGCAGGAAAUAAUGGAGCCAUUUGUGUCCUCAUGGUCCUUUGCCAUGGGAACUCAACGUUCCAUAAUCAGUUCUGUCGGAGAGAAAGCCCCGAAGUCGAACGUCGAACAUAUGGAAGAUUGGGAAUUGGAUGUUGUUGAGAGAGCCCAUAGAGACAGUCGGCUCGCCGAGCUUUAUGGUGAUCUAUCAUGGAGAUUCUAUACUCAUCCACCAACUUCUUUCUGUUUGGCGCGGGUUUUCAUGCGUCAUGGAUUGACUGGGAAUGAGGGAAUGUCGGUGUUUAAGCUUCCACGCAAAGCGAAUCGUCGGGACUCAAUUGAUUCAAGUAUUUCUUCUGCAUCUGGCGCAUGCUCACCGGCUCUAGAUGAAUCGACACUCACCAAGAUUAUGCCUACCGAUGAGUUCAGAGGAGGACGAGGAGUCGCCUCGCCAUCUCCACCUGCUGCUCUUCUAUCGGAGCCACUCUCCAGAAUGGACGUGCUGAGUGAGAAGAUUUGGGACUACCACAACAAGGUGUCACAAACCGAUGAGAUGCUCCAGAGAAAACUUCAUCUUCGCGAUAUGUUGUACACUGCAAUCAGUCCAGUUUUCCCACUAUCUGGUCUUUAUGUCGUCGGGUCAUCACUCAACGGAUUUGGAAACAACUCGUCUGAUAUGGAUCUUUGCUUGAUGAUAACAAAUAAGGACUUGGAUCAAAAGAAUGACGCUGUCGUCGUUCUCAAUCUCAUUCUAUCGACAUUACAAUACGAGAAGUUUGUGGCAAGUCAGAAGUUAAUUCUGGCUAAAGUUCCGAUUCUUCGGAUAAAGUUCGCCGCACCCUUUGACGAUAUCACUGUCGAUUUGAAUGCGAACAACUCGGUUGCUAUUCGAAAUACUCAUCUCUUGUGCUACUAUUCUUCUUAUGAUUGGAGAGUUCGCCCGUUGGUUUCAGUCGUCAAAGAGUGGGCGAAACGUAAAGGGAUCAACGACGCAAACAAGUCGAGUUUCACAAGUUAUUCACUCGUUUUGAUGGUCAUUCACUAUUUGCAAUGCGGUACCCAGACAAAAGUACUUCCAAAUCUCCAACAAUCAUAUCCAACUCGAUUCUCAAAUAAGGUUGACGUGCGUACACUGAAUGUAACGAUGCCAUUAGAAGCAGUUCAGGACGAUAUCGAUCCAUCACUAUCUGAAAAUACAACUCUUGGAGAGCUCCUCAUCGGAUUCCUCGAUUACUAUGCAAAUGAGUUCAACUAUGACCGUGAUGCGAUUUCGAUUCGUCAAGGGAAACGAGUUGAACGUGCCGCUCUCGCCGCUCGACCAAAAGUGCAUUUGAGCAGUGAAGGAGACAAAGAAACGCCGCCACCAUCUUCAUCCGCAUCAUCCUCAUCGAUUCACAAUGGUGUUGCUGGAAUUCCGAUGCAUCACUCGAUGUCGAACCCUCACUUCUGGCGGUCACAAUGGCGUUGUGUGUGUAUUGAAGAGCCGUUUACGAACUCGAACACUGCUCAUUCGAUAUAUGAUGAGAUGGUUUUCGGUGCUAUCAAGGACGCUUUCCGAGAGGCUCAUGGAGAAUUACAGCAUAACCGAGAUUUGGAUCGGUUAUUGGAGUGUGAACCAAUAAAGGCGUCGACGACUAAUGCUGGAGCUGCUGUGUUCGCUGCUACUUAUGAAGGAGAACGACCUCUUGCUCAGCAACCAACCUCCAUCGCUUCUGCCAGUCUUCGAGCCAUGAACGUGAUUCCGUCGACAAAUGGAAAUGGUCAUUAUCAUUACCAGCAACAAUCGAAUCAACAGCUCAUGAAACAGCAGAGAUCGGGAAGCAAUCUAGGAUACCAACCGAGCAACAACCGCGGUGUCAACGGCAACAACAACCAACAUCAACAACAAAAUCGACGAGUCUACAGUAGUAUGUCUUCAUCGAAUGCUGGAAAUAGUGGGAAUGGAUCAGGAACACGGUCGUCGAAAUCCAAUGAGAAUGUGAAGGAAUCGUUAUCCCGACCACCGUCAAAUCCAAGAAAUAGUUCUGGAUCUGCUAAAGAGAAUCUGAUAUCAACGAAUGGUGUGACGACAUUAGCAGAGAAGAAAUCACAAUCAGUGACGAAGAAAGACGAAGGAAACAGAACGAAACGGUCGUCAGCUGUCCAAUCUCCGGAACCCACCAAACCAAAAGCCGAAAAGACUCCAACAAAGGCCGCUCAAUGA